UCUGAUCUGGUGAGAGGAGAGUGAACUUCCGCUAGUGCUUUGCUUCUUGCUUUUCAUAUUUAAUCUGUUCUGGGUCUAAAAUUGUUCUUUAUAGUAUUUUCUAGACUUCUAGUCGUUGAUGCAAGAGUCUCUUCCGUCUCUGAUUCUGAAUUCAUGGAGAAAGUUUCUGGGCCUGCUGGCCAUGCAUCAGCCUCUGCUGGAAUAGGAUCCAGGUACUUUGAUUUGAAGAAGUCCUUCAAGUUUGCUUUGCGUUCUUUGCUCACUGCCUGCCCAAAGGAGGAAUUUGACAAAGCUUUUCUGAGAUUCACAACUGCUGAAAAAGAAUGGCUGCAUCGCCUCUAUCUUCAGGUCAUCACUUCAUUGCAUGAAAAUAUAGAGGCUGAGUAUGAAUCAAUCUGUCAUGAAACACAGGUGGGGGCCACUCUUGAUGCUGUAGAGGAAAUGGUGGAAGAACAAGAGCUGGAUCUUUUGUUCUCAAAUAAGAGUAAUGUAAUGGAUGUAGCUGAGGAUCUGUCUAACGCAAAGAAGGACGAAAUCCAACAGUUGAUGCGUAUGAUACAAUUGGGAGAGGAACAUAAUAGUAGGAUUCGCACACAAUUGCAGCUCCUUAGAGAAGGAAAGCAAGCGAUGUCUGGUGCAUCAGAUGCUAUUGAGAAGUUCAGGAGCAGGAAUUUAACUUAUGGGGCCAACUGACGUGAAGGGAUCUGCGGUACAUAACCUCUAAGUUUACAUUCUGUUAUAUUGACUGAAGUUCUCUUGGGGUAUCAUUGCCCUACGCAUUUAAGGCAGUAACCUAGUAUGGCAAAUCUUAGCGGAGAGAUCCCUUGUGAAUAGUAUCAUUAUUAAGGCCCAGUGAUAUAACUGGUUUCUAUUGUAUUGAAAAGCAAAGAUCUUAACAUUGCCGAGUAUUGCCCUGUGUAAACAUCAACGCGUGUGACAGUGACAUUGGGUCUUUGUGGUGCCAUGGGUUGAUGGGCUUUUUAAUUAAUUGUGCCGAAGCGUAUGAUACGAUGGGUUUCUAGCUCAUCAUUUGAAAUGCAAUUUCAUGAUCUGCUUUA